AUGGCAAAAUAUCUCGGCCUGAGAGGCCUCAGGCUCAAGACGGCCAUGGUCGUCCUUGUCGUGUUACCAAGUUUCAUGCUGUUCGGCUGGAAUAAUGGCUCUACUGGACACGCAACAGACCUCGAAUCCUUUGUCAAGCAAUUCCCCCGACUUGACACGGUCAACACGAAAGGUUCUACCAAGUCGUAUAAUGCUCUGAUCCUGGGCGUCGUCACAGCCUGCUAUGAUCUCGGAGCCGUUGUUGGGGCUCUUUCCUGCAUUCUCUACGGCAACAAGCUGGGAAGACUUCGCUCCGUGCUCCUCGGUCUAGUGUUAUCGGUGGUAGCACUUGCUAUCGAGACCUCUGCCUUCCAACUUUCGCAAUUCAUCAUCGGCCGUCUCCUCGUUGGGGCAUCGAUCGGCAUCAUCUCGGCGAGUAUUCCCAUCUGGCAAACAGAAUGCGCCACCACCAGGCAUCGGGGCAUGUUCGUCAUUAUGGAAGGCAUUUUCAUCAGCGCGGGGAUCGCGUUGCCCAGCUGGAUCUACCUGGGCACCAUUCCAGGCCUGAACGGAUCGGCUCAGUGGAGGGUGACCAUGGUUCUGCCCGUGGCUUUCGCCAUCUUCGCCAUGCCAUGGCUCUUUUUCAUGCCCGAGUCACCCCGCUGGCUGGCGCACAAAGGACGACUCGACGAAGCCCGAGAAGUCGUGGCGGCAAUCAUGGACCGGCCCCUGAACGACCCGCGAGUGACGGCAGAAAUCAACCACAUCCAACAGCAGCUGGAGCUGACCACCGGCAGUUUCCGAUCAUUCUUCAAGCACAGCCCCGAGCGUCCACUUCAACGCGCCUUCAUUGCAUUGCUUGCACAGAGCUUUACGCAGUGGAACGGCUGUUCAGCCAUGAUCUUCUACACCGGCGACGUCUUUGCCCAGCUAGGUUUCUCGGGCACCCGUGGUGAACUGCUCGGCGCUGGGUUCACCACAACGUUCACCGUGGCCGCGUUCGUCCCUCUGUUUCUUGUGGAUCGGGUGGGAAGACGGGUGCUCUUCAUGAUCGGUGCGAGCGGCAUGUGCAUCUCGAUGGCUGUCCUUGCCGGAACGGGUGGUCAUUCGAAUCUGGCACCCGUCGCGCUCACCUUCAUGUUCAUCUACGCCUGCUCCUACGCCAUCGGAUACCUUGGCCUCCCCUUCCUCUACGCCAGCGAAAUCGCCCCGCUGCGAUUCCGCGUCCCCAUCGCGGCCAUCUCGGUCACAGGUCAGUGGUUGGGACAAUUCGUCGUCGGCCAGAUCACCCCACCCGGCACGGCGAAUCUCGGCAGCCACUACUGGAUCAUCUACGCCGUCUUCAACGCAAGUUUCCUGCCCAUCAUCUAUUUUUUCUUCCCGGAGACCAAUGGGAAGUCCCUCGAGGACAUCGACGAGAUCUUUGAAAGUUCGACCGCGUUCGGUGUCGUGCGCUCUGCUCGGGCCAUUGGAAAGUCGGGCGAAUCGGGUAUUCAGAAUAUGGCGCUGGACAAGGACUACGUUUCCACCGAGGUAGAACAUGUCAAGGCAUAG